CGUUCUUCUUCCCGAUUGCUGAUUCAUUCAUCAACAACACACCUUACAAUCAACACCUUCGAACCGGCUGAUCACCAUGUUUUCCGAAAUCACCAUCGCACAGUCCUCCACACCCUUUGAACGAAUCGGAUUUGGCUCCUGUGGCAGCGUCUGGGCAGACACAUCACGAUAUCCCGACAUCGACCAAUGCGACUCCUCUUUCUGCAUCAACAUUCCAAGCCACACGGCCUUCCUCAACCCCGGAGCACCAACAUGGGGCGAUAUUAUCCCUCGACUACCCGCCGACUCCAAGCCCUGCCAGGCUUUGGUCAGCGAGCGCAUCUUGCCUGUGCCUCGCCCGGUCCGAAGGUUGCUCGUGGAGCGAUUCUGGAAUGGCCCAGCGGAUAAGAUGGAUUCCAUCAUCAACGACAAGCGAAACGAACACUGCUUGAUACGCCCGUAUAUCGGCCGUCGCCGCACCGGAGCCAACGCCAACAGCACGGGCCCGGGAGGACACAGACGGAGCAUGCUCAGAUCAAUCAGCCUCCGCAACUACCCCCUCCACCUUGACCAAAUGGAGGCGCUUGGGCUUCCCACGCGCGAAUACGCAAGCGCAAUAGCCGAUGCUCUCGCCUUCUUGCUUUGGGUUGCCGAAAUCGACGCCUGCGAUGUGGAAUACGUUCUUGCCCGGCCUCGAGCAUCGGGAAACGCAUCCCUCGGAACUCACUGCUCCACUGGCAGCUCGGCCCUGGGACACCAUGCGCUAUGGGUUCUGGAUUUUGACUGCUGUAAGCCGCUCCCUAUGACACUUGAAGGUGUUCAUCGCGCGGUUGAGCGGUUUUGGCGCAACAACCCAUUCUACCCCAACCCGGAUACAAAGUGUGAGGAGGAUGAGGCGCUUUGGGAGGUAUUCAGGGGUAUACUCGAAGUCUCGAAGAACUGA